CGCGACUGGGACGCCGAGGCCUGGUUCGAGCUCGACACGGCCGCGCGCGACUUUGCAAUACGCCACUGCAGGCCGAAGCUAGAGAAGGGCAAGGUCGAGCGCGUGCUGGACAGGGCGAACGAGUCGAGGGAGCUGGUGGUGCUGCUCAAGGGGAUGCGGGAGUUGUUUGCCGAGGCCAUGAGGCCGUAG